AUGCCGGAAGAAAUGCAGGUUGCCGAGGUGGAGACCUUCGCCUUCCAGGCGGAGAUCGCCCAGCUUAUGUCAUUGAUCAUCAACACAUUCUACUCCAACAAAGAAAUCUUCCUUCGGGAGUUGAUCUCAAACUCAUCUGAUGCCUUGGACAAGAUCCGCUAUGAGUCACUCACCGACCCAUCGAAGCUCGACAGCGGCAAGGAGCUUUACAUCAAGAUCGUGCCUAACAAGAGCGAAGGCACUCUCACAAUCAUCGAUACAGGUAUUGGUAUGACAAAGGCAGACUUGGUGAACAACCUGGGUACGAUCGCGAAGUCCGGAACAAAGGCGUUCAUGGAGGCGCUACAGGCUGGUGCCGAUAUUAGUAUGAUCGGUCAGUUCGGUGUGGGUUUCUACUCCUGCUACCUGGUCGCCGACCGUGUCACUGUCCACUCCAAGCACAAUGACGACGAACAGUACAUGUGGGAGUCUGCCGCCGGCGGUUCGUUCACCGUCCGCCCAGACCACGGUGAGCCACUCGGCCGCGGUACGAAGAUCGUCUUGUACAUGAAGGAGGAUCUCACAGAGUAUCUAGAAGAGAACAAAAUCAAGGAAAUCGUCAAGAAGCACUCUCAGUUCAUUGGCUAUCCGAUCAAGCUCGUCGUUGAAAAGGAACGCGAAAAGGAACUGUCCGACGACGAGGCCGAGGAGGAGAAGAAGGAAGAGAAAGAGGAUGACAAACCUAAAAUUGAAGACGUGGGCGAGGACGAAGAAGAGGACACGAACAAAGAUAAGAAGAAAAAGAAGACCAUCAAAGAGAAGUACACCGAAGACGAGGAACUGAACAAGACCAAGCCGAUCUGGACGCGCAACGCUGAUGACAUCACACAGGAGGAGUACGGAGACUUUUACAAAUCGCUCACCAAUGACUGGGAGGACCAUUUGGCGGUGAAACACUUCUCCGUUGAAGGUCAACUGGAGUUCCGUGCACUGCUGUUCGUGCCGCGCCGUGCGCCCUUCGACCUCUUCGAGAACAAGAAGCGCAAGAACAACAUUAAACUGUACGUCCGCAGGGUAUUCAUUAUGGAUAACUGCGAAGACCUAAUCCCAGAGUACCUUAACUUCAUUAAGGGAGUGGUCGACAGCGAGGACCUGCCCCUCAACAUUUCACGUGAAAUGCUCCAGCAGAACAAGAUUCUCAAAGUAAUUAGGAAGAACUUAGUUAAGAAGUGCUUGGAGCUGUUCGAGGAGUUGGCCGAAGACAAAGAGAACUACAAGAAGUUCUAUGAACAGUUCAGCAAGAACCUGAAGCUCGGCAUCCACGAAGAUUUCCAAAACAGGUCGAAGUUGGCAGACUUGCUUCGCUAUCACACGUCCGCGUCCGGUGACGAAGCAUGCUCCCUCAAAGAGUACGUGUCACGCAUGAAGGAGAACCAGAAACACAUCUACUACAUUACCGGCGAGAACCGGGACCAGGUGGCGAACUCUUCGUUCGUCGAGAGGGUUAAGAAGCGUGGCUACGAGGUUGUGUACAUGACCGAACCCAUCGAUGAGUAUGUCGUCCAACAGCUGAAGGAGUUCGACGGCAAGACGUUGGUGUCUGUCACGAAGGAGGGUCUGGAGCUUCCAGAGGACGAGGAGGAGAAGAAGAAGCGCGAGGAAGACAAGGUCAAGUUCGAGGGCCUCUGCAAGGUAAUGAAGAACAUCCUAGACAACAAAGUCGAGAAGGUCGUGGUCUCCAACAGGCUGGUGGAGUCUCCGUGCUGCAUCGUUACCGCGCAGUACGGCUGGUCCGCUAACAUGGAGCGAAUCAUGAAGGCGCAGGCGCUCCGCGACACGUCUACGAUGGGCUACAUGGCGGCCAAGAAGCACCUCGAGAUCAACCCCGACCACUCCAUCGUCGAGACGCUGAGGCAGAAGGCGGAGGCGGACAAGAACGACAAGGCUGUCAAGGACCUGGUCAUCCUGCUGUACGAGACUGCGCUCCUCUCGUCUGGCUUCACGCUGGACGAGCCGCAGGUGCACGCGUCGCGCAUCUACCGCAUGAUCAAGCUCGGGCUGGGCAUCGACGAGGACGAGCCCAUCCAGGUGGAGGAGACCGGCGCCGGUGAGGUCCCACCGCUGGAGGGAGACGCGGACGACGCGUCGCGCAUGGAGGAAGUGGAU